CCCCCGGGGCCGCUGGCGGAGUCCGCGCCUCCGCGCCCGCCCCUGAUUUCCUCCGGGCGGCGGCGGCGGCGGCGGCGGCGGCGGCGCCUCGUGCGCGCGGUUAUUUAUUUCCGGGCCCCAGAGCGCUUAUAAUGGAGCCGCUGUCAGCAGAACCUUCUGCCGCCGCCGCCGCCGCCGCCGUCCCUCCUCUUUUUUUUCCCGGCAGAUCUUUGUUGUGUGGGAGGGCAGCAGGGAUGGACUUGAGCUUGCGGAUCCCCUGCUAGAGCAGCCGCGCUCGGAGAAGGCGCCGCAGCCGCAAGGAGGAGCCGCCGCCGCCGCGCCCGAGGCCCCGCCGCCCGCGGCCUCUGUCGGUCCGCGCCCCGCUCGCCCCGUCGCCCCUCGCCUCCCCGCAGAGUCCCCUCGCGGCAGCAGAUGUGUGUGGGGUCAGCCCACGGAGGGGACUAUGGUGAAAUUCCCGGCGCUCACGCACUACUGGCCCCUGAUCCGGUUCUUGGUGCCCCUGGGCAUCACCAACAUAGCCAUCGACUUCGGGGAGCAGGCCUUGAACCGGGGCAUUGCUGCUGUCAAGGAGGAUGCAGUCGAGAUGCUGGCCAGCUACGGGCUGGCGUACUCCCUCAUGAAGUUCUUCACGGGUCCCAUGAGUGACUUCAAAAAUGUGGGCCUGGUGUUUGUGAACAGCAAGAGAGACAGGACCAAAGCCGUCCUGUGUAUGGUGGUGGCAGGGGCCAUCGCUGCUGUCUUUCACACACUGAUAGCUUAUAGUGAUUUAGGAUACUACAUUAUCAAUAAACUACACCAUGUGGACGAGUCGGUGGGGAGCAAGACAAGAAGGGCCUUCCUGUACCUCGCCGCCUUUCCUUUCAUGGACGCAAUGGCAUGGACCCAUGCUGGCAUUCUCUUAAAACACAAAUACAGUUUCCUGGUGGGAUGUGCCUCAAUCUCAGAUGUCAUAGCUCAGGUUGUUUUUGUAGCCAUUUUGCUUCACAGUCACCUGGAAUGCCGGGAGCCCCUGCUCAUCCCGAUCCUCUCCUUGUACAUGGGCGCGCUUGUGCGCUGCACCACCCUGUGCCUGGGCUACUACAAGAACAUUCACGACAUCAUCCCUGACAGAAGUGGCCCGGAGCUGGGGGGAGAUGCAACAAUAAGAAAGAUGCUGAGCUUCUGGUGGCCUUUGGCUCUAAUUCUGGCCACACAGAGAAUCAGUCGCCCUAUUGUUAACCUCUUUGUUUCCCGGGACCUUGGUGGCAGUUCUGCAGCCACAGAGGCAGUGGCAAUUUUGACAGCCACGUACCCUGUGGGUCACAUGCCAUACGGCUGGUUGACGGAAAUCCGUGCUGUCUAUCCUGCUUUCGACAAGAAUAACCCCAGCAACAAACUGGUGAGCACGAGCAACACAGUCACGGCGGCCCACAUCAAGAAGUUCACCUUCGUCUGCAUGGCUCUGUCACUCACGCCCCAAACAAGUUCCAAGUUGACUAUUAAUAGUCAAGGAGAAGGAAAAGCUAAACAGAAGCUGGAGUGUGGAACUUUCUCAAUAGUCCUCAGAUCCUGUGAGAAAAACCAGGAAAGGAUUAAAGCUGCAGAGAAAAGGAAUAGGAGUUGGACAACCCUCUGCGGGCUUGGUGCAUGGCGCCCCCUGCUGUUUGAGCUCUGUUUCGUGAUGUUCUGGACACCCAACGUGUCUGAGAAAAUCUUGAUAGACAUUAUUGGAGUGGACUUUGCCUUUGCAGAACUCUGUGUUGUUCCUUUGCGGAUCUUCUCCUUUUUCCCAGUUCCAGUCACAGUGAGGGCACAUCUCACCGGGUGGCUGAUGACGCUGAAGAAAACCUUUGUCCUGGCCCCCAGCUCUGUGCUGCGGAUCAUCGUCCUCAUCGCCAGCCUCGUGGUCCUGCCCUAUCUGGGGGUGCAUGGUGCAACCCUGGGCGUGGGCUCCCUCCUGGCAGGCUUUGUGGGAGAAUCCACCAUGGUCGCCAUUGCCGCGUGCUAUGUCUACCGGAAGCAGAAAAAGAAGAUGGAGAACGAGUCGGCCACGGAGGGGGAAGACUCUGCCAUGACAGACAUGCCUCCGACAGACGAGGUGACAGACAUCGUGGAAAUGAGAGAGGAGAAUGAAUAAGGCACGGGACGCCAUGGGCACUGCAGGGACAGUCAGGAUGACACUUCGGCAUCAUCUCUUCCCUCUCCCAUCGUAUUUUGUUCCCUUUUUUUUCUGUUUUGGUAAUGAAAGAGGCCUUGAUUUAAAGGUUUCAUGUCAAUUCUCUAGCAUACUGGGUAUGCUCACACUGACGGGGGGACCUAGUGAAUGGUCUUUACUGUUGCUAUGUAAAAACAAACAAAACAACUGACUUCAUACCCCUGCCUCACGAAAACCCAAAAGACACAACUGUCUCACGAUUGAUGUUGUGUCCUCCUCCCCUGGACAAUCUCCUCUUGGAACCAAAGGACUGCAGCUGUGCCAGCGCCUCUCGGUCACCCUGCACAGCAGGCCACAGACUCUCCUGUCCCCCCUUCAUCGCUCUUAAGAAUCAACAGGUUAAAACUCGGCUUCCUUUGAUUUGCUUCCCAGUCACAUGGCCGUACAAAGAGAUGGAGCCCCGGUGGCCUCUUAAAUUUCCCUUCUGCCACGGAGUUCGAAACCAUCUACUCCACACAUGCAGGAGGUGGGCGGCACGCUGCAGCCCGGAGUCCCCGUUCACACUGAGGAACGGAGACCUGUGACCACAGCGGGCUGACAGACGGACAUAAUCUCCCGUAGAAAGGUUUGAAAUGCCCCGGGGGCAGCAAACUGAUAUGGUUGAAUGAUAGCAUUUCACUCUGCGUUUUCCUAGAUCUGAGCGAGCUGUCAGUUCUCACCCCCACCGUGUAUAUACAUGAGCUAACUUUUUUAAGUUGUCACAAAAGCGCAUCUCCAGAUUCCAGCCCCUGCCGCAUGACUUUUCCUGAAGGCUUGCUUUUCCCUCGCCUUUCCUGAAGGUCGCACUAGAGCGAGUCAUAUGGAGCGUUCUAACUUUGCAUUUUAGUUUUUACAGUGAACUGAAGCUUUAAGUCAGUCUCAUCCAGCAUUCUAAUGCCAGGUUGCUGUAGGGUAACUUAACUUUUGAAGUAGAUGUAUUACCUGGUUCUGCCAUCCUGUAAUAACUCUGCGGUACAGGUAAUUCAGAAUGUACUAUGGUACUUCCCUCCCACACCAUACGAUAAAGCAAGACAUUUUAUAAUGAUACCAGAGUCACUAUGUGGUCCUCCCUGAAGUAACACAUUCGAAAUCCAUGCAGUGCAGUAUAUUUUUCUAAGUUUUGGAAAGCAGGUUUUUUUCCUUUAAAAAAAUUAUAGACACGGUUCACUAAAUUGUUGAUUUAGUCAAAAUUCCUAGACUGAAAGAACCUAAACAAAAAAAUAUUUUAAAGAUAUAAAUAUAUGCUGUAUAUGUUAUGUAAUUUAUUUUAGGCUAUAAUACAUUUCCUAUUUUCGCAUUUUCAAUAAAAUGUCUCUAAUACAAUACGGUGAUUGCUUGUGUGCUCAACAUACCUGCAGCUGAAACGUAUUGUAUCAAUGAACAUUGUACCUUAUUUGCAGCAGUUUUAUAAAGUCCGUCAUUUGCAUUUGAAUGUAAGGCUCAGUAAAUGACAGAACUAUUUUUCAUUAUGUUAACUGGGGAAUAAAUGGGUCACUGGAGUAGGAAUAGAAGUGUAAGCUGGAAAGGCAAAAAUGAGAAAGAAAAAGGCAGGCCCUUUGUGUCUACCAUUUUCAGUGCUGUGUGAUCAUAUUGUUCCUCAUAGCAAAAAAGAAUGCAAGGGCAUAAUGUUAGCUGUGAACAUGCCAGGGUUGCGUUCACAUUCCUGGGUACCCAGUGCUGAUGGGGUAUGCCCACGUGGGGACAUGUCCUUGGCAUGUUUCCUCAGAGUGGCUUUUCCUCCAUUAAUGCAUGUAUGAGUGCUGAAAAAUUAAGUUGCAUAGCUGCUUUGCAGUGGUUUCAGAGGCAGAUCUAAGAAGAUAAAAAAUCUCAAUGUAUCAGCUUUUUUUAAAGGACAUUACUAGAAAAUUAAACAGUAUUUUUUAA